GCCACUUUCACAUUGGGUUUGGGUAUAAAUUGAUGACUCCUCCAUUAUUUCUCGAGUUCUCGCGUCCUGUUCUUCACAGGUUCUGAGUGGUGGCCAUCAUCAUCUUUUUCAACCACCGGCUGGUUUGCUUGUUUCAAUUAAAAAUAAAUGUUCAUGCAAUUCACCUGUUGAUACCCAGAUCAGUGAACAAGCCCCUGAUUGUAAAAGUGUGGAAUUGCUGAGUGGAACAUGGCAAAUCACCGAUAUGAUGCCGAAUACCCUCCAGAUGAAUACGAAAUGGAUGGUGUAGAUGAUGGCAUGGAUGAAGAGUUUCAUGGCAGAGAUGUGGCUGGCUCUGACUCUGAUGUCGAUGAAUAUGGCUACUCGAAUAAUAAAAUACCCGAUACUUCCGCUUCUCAAGCAAGGAAAGGAAGAGACAUCCAGGGAAUUCCUUGGGAUAGACUUAGUAUCACUAGGGAAAAAUAUAGACAGACUAGGCUAGAACAGUACAAGAAUUAUGAGAAUAUUCCUAACUCUGGAGAUGGGUCAGGGAAGGAUUGCAAAGCUACAGAGAAAGGUGCAUCUUAUUACGAGUUCAGACAAAAUUCAAGAUCUGUGAAGUCAACCAUACUUCACUUUCAGUUAAGAAACUUGGUUUGGGCUACAUCUAAACAUGAUGUCUACCUGAUGUCUCAUUUUUCUGUCAUUCAUUGGUCUUCACUUACAUGUGGCAAGCGUGAAGUGCUCAAUGUUUCAGGGCAUGUUGCACCGUCUGAGAAACAUCCUGGAAGUUUGUUGGAAGGUUUUACCCAGACUCAAGUCAGUACUCUUGCAGUGAAAGAUAAUUUGCUAGUUGCUGGAGGAUUUCAGGGAGAAUUAAUUUGCAAGCAUCUAGAUCGACAAGGAAUAAGUUUCUGUUCAAGGACAACUUAUGAUGACAAUGCAAUCACAAAUGCUGUUGAGAUUUAUGUCACUCCCAGUGGUGCAGUUCACUUCACUGCCUCCAAUAAUGAUUCUGGGAUCAGAGAUUUUGAUAUGGAGAAAUAUCAGCUUUCUAAGCAUUUCUGUUUUCCUUGGCCAGUGAAUCAUACUUCUCUGAGUCCUGAUGGGAAGCUUCUAACAAUAGUUGGAGACAACCCUGAGGGGAUGUUGGUGGACUCCAGAUCUGGAAAGACUGUGACAUCAUUGCAUGGACACUUGGAUUACUCCUUUGCCUCAGCUUGGCACCCCAAUGGUGUUACAUUUGCUACAGGAAACCAAGACAAAACUUGUCGAGUUUGGGAUGUUCGAAACUUAUCAAAGUCAAUUGCUGUCUUAAGGGGUAACCUCGGAGCUAUCAGGUCCAUCCGCUACACGUCAGAUGGUCAGUAUAUGGCAAUUGCUGAGCCUGCUGAUUUUGUACACAUCUAUGAUGUUAAAAGUGAUUAUGGGAAGGAGCAAGAAAUCGAUUUCUUUGGUGAGAUAUCUGGCAUUUCGUUUAGCCCUGACACAGAGUCUCUGUUUAUUGGAGUGUGGGAUCGAACAUAUGGUAGCCUUCUCGAGUAUGGGCGUCGGAGGAACUACUCAUACCUUGAUUCCCUUAUCUGAGUCAGUAUGCGAGAGAUAACACAAUAAAUGGUGUUGUUUACUAUGUGCAAAUUGAGGAGCUUUAGAGGAGAAAACGCCAAGCAGGAGAAAAAAUGGUGGAGAUGUAAAUGUAAUGUGUUGUGAGAUUGUAGGUUGGUGUGGUCCUCUCCUCUCAUCAUAAAAGAUGUGUUAAAAGAAGGGGGGAGGGGAUGUACAGAAGAAGGCAAGCUAGAAAGCAGCUCUAUUGAGACCAAGAAAGAACCAAAAAGAACCAGAACAAUCGUUUAUCUAUUUCGGGAGCGGGACAAUCUUGUGAAUUUUCAUUUGCUUUGCUUUGCUCUGUUUCUGGUCUCUACUUGUCGUUGAGGAUUCUUAAAUUUAAGCUAUGCAAUGUUGAUUUACUUGAGAAGAUAAGACGUUUUUCUCUCAAACACUGGCCUGAGCCAAGCAUCGUGUGCAAUAUGGAGUUCUAGUGUUGCAUGAAUUUUUUGUUGGGACUCCAAAUAAUAAUUUUACGGGAGUUGUGAGUCAAACCUUAAAGACUCUGACUUUCAUUGUUGAAAUGCAUGAAUGGAAAACACAACCUUUUGAUUUGGAGACAAAUUCCUCUCGUCUGACAAUGUAAGGCCAAGAAUUAUUUUUCCAUAAACAGACAAUGGAAGAAUGCAAAGUCACAGCUGAAAAUCUUCCUUUCCGUCCCCAUGAUCU